UGUCAUAGAGGUUCAGAGAGUUUUUUAAUUCCGCAAAGAACUUUUCACUCUGUCCAGUGUUCAGAAGCAAACGGAUUGGUUGCAGAGAGAUUGUCAGUGGAUUUAUUUCACAAUCGAUUCAAGUGGAAUAUACAGUAAACAUGUCUUUUACUGCUAGAUUUAGAGCCAAGGUCAGGAAGGCAGUGAGAAAGAUCUUUACCUGCUGCUGUGCAGAAGAUGAUUCUGACAACGAUAGUAAUGAUUUUAUCACUGAGGAGGAAACUGGAACCAAGGAUGAAAAAUUCAUACAUGGAACCUAUCAAGACCCUUUUCAAAGCAAGAUGGCCACCGAGGAAGAACCUAGCGCCUGUUUUGAAGUUGAAAUUAUAGAUGACGUAGAUCAUUUCUUCGCAGAAGACGACAGUAGGUCUGAAAGUAACCCUUUGACUGUGCAGACAUCUGAAAACUUUUUUUUUGCCGCCAAUGUUCCUGAAACCAAAAUGACUGGCACUGAAAUAGGUCAAGGCGAUACUGGAAAGAAAGAAAAUGCGAUCAACCCAGAUCUUCUUAGCAAUGAUUUUAUCACUGAGGAGGAAAGUGGAACCAAGGAUGAAAAAUUCAUACAUGGAACCUAUCAAGACCCUUUUCAAGACAAGAUGGCCACAGAGGAAGAACCGAGAACCCAUCCAGCCCCUCAAACAGAUGAAAACAUAACACAGAAUGAUCCGAGCCCCCCCUUUCAAGCUAAAGAAAUAAACAAGGAACGUGCAGGUAAUAUAAUAAUUUCUGAAGUGCUGAAUCAAACAGAGUGUUGCUACCAAGGAGAAAACAGUCAAACAAAUCAGGAUCCUGACCCCACCAUGUUCUUUUGCAAAUUUCCCAACUCUUUUCAGAACUCUUGGCUGAAUGCCUCAAUGCAGAGCAUCCUGCACCUGAGCGUAGCUAGGAAGGUUGUGGCUCAGCAUCCCGAAAAGAUUUUUAAAGGCUUGUCAGCAAGUCCGUUAUGUGCCAAACUUCUCUGCUCUGCCAUGCAGCACCCAGGGAAACAUUUCACCUUAAGGGAAAUCUACCAAGUUGUUAUGGAAAUACUAGCAAAUGUGCCGUCACUUGACUUGACAGAGGAGAACCACCCAUUAUACUUUUUGGAUUUUAUUUUGGCCAGGUUACAUUGUUCUGGUAUCAAAGCACUUUUCAAGGAGUAUACAGCUUUAAUUUGUGAACAAUGUCAGACUGUGUGCUAUGAGGAGAGUUCAGCUGGUCCCAUCUUAGGACCAUUAGAGCCAGAACCAUACGACAGUACCACUUCUCUUCUUAACCGUAUGGUUGCUGACUUCGACCACGAACAUUGUAUGGACUGCAAUUCCAUCUUUAAGCAAAAAAGGUUUAUCCAUGACAAUAAUGUAAUAGUCCUUUGCCGCGAAUUGACAACCAGUGAGAUGGGUUUAAACUGUCCUGUUAUUCCUAGUAAUACCAUUGACAUUCCUGUAAAAGAUGGAACCCAGUUGUACCGUCUUUCCUCAGUCAUUUGCAGCCAAAGCCUGCAUCUGGGGUUUUCACACUUUUACACAUAUCUGAUGUGUGGACAAAUGACAUAUAAGGUUGAAGAUACCGAGGUAACAGCUUCAAAUAGAGACUGUGUAGCAGAUAUUUGCCACAAUGGGUUUAUCUACAUCUACGAGAAGUACACCGAAGGAGAUGACGAAUUUAGUGCUUGGAUCAAAGCUACCCCUGAACAAGAACAUGAAAGUACAGCAAGAAGAAGAAGACAGUCAAGCCAAAUAUAAUCUUUAUCACACCAUGUUCUCAAAUUAAUUCAGAAAAUGCUGGAUAAGUUAAACAAUUCAAGAACUUUAUCAUAGUUGGUAUGCUUCUUUGUAACUGGGAACAAAACAAAAGAAAGAAAGAAAUAUAAUAUACUGUACCCUCAACAAAAAAACAGACAUAAAGGGAAAAAAAGCUAAUGGUGGCUCAUGUUUUAGGGCUGGUGUGGCUUAACAGAAAGGUCCCUGAUCUGAAACCUAGCUGGGAUCUUUCUGUAUGGAGUUUACAUGUUCUCCCCAUGCAUGCAAGGGUUCUCUCCGGGUGCUCCGGCUUCCCCCUCAAAGUCCAAAAAUAUGCAUUUUAGGUUAAUUGGGCACGUAAGAUUGUCUAUAGGUGUAAAUAUAUUCAUGCUUUCUUUGGUUUUGUAAUCUUUUAAAAAUUGACAAAGAAGUAACCCCAAAAACAAACGAGACAAAAAAAAAAUCUAUUGCAUGGUGGUACCCUUG